AUCUACAGAUCCCUCUCCUCCCCCCUUUCUUUGACAUUCUUCGCUCCCUUCUCUCUCCUCUCUCCUCCCCUCCUCUCUCUUUCUCUUUCUCUCUCUCUCUCUCUCUCUCUCUCUCUUUCAGGUCUCUCUCUCCUCUCUCCAGAAGGGCAAAACCCUAAAGAGCCGUUUACACCCACCCAAUUCUCAUGGACGAUGAUGCGCUGAACAUGCGCAAUUGGGGUUAUUAUGAACCCUUCAAAGGGGGUCAUCUAGGUCUGCAGCUCAUGUCAAGCAUGACUGAACGAGACACCAAGCCAUUUAUGCCAGGCCGAGAUCCUACCAUGUUAGUUAGUCCACAUGGAAGCUUCCAUCCCCGGGAAUGUGUUGUGUCAGAAUCCUCAAUUCCAAUUAACUAUGUUAGAGACAGUUGGAUCAGCCAGAGAGACAGGUUUCUCAAUAUGUUGCCCACAAAUCCUAAUUAUUCCGUUCUUCCAGAGACAUCAGGAGCUCCUUCAUUGCAAAUUAUACAGCCACCCGAAACAUCCAGAGAUGAUAGGGUGAAUCAAGUUGAAGACCCUCCUGAAAAGGAAGGUGGCCAAUUGAAGAAAAGGCAGAGUGGGGGUGCCCCAAAGACUCCAAAAGCAAAAAAACCAAGGAAGCCAAAGGAUAAUAGCAAUGCUUUGAUUCAACGUGAGAAGCCAGCAAGGAAGGCUAUGGAGGUUGUGAUAAACGGAAUUGAUAUGGACAUUUCUGGUCUACCCAUUCCUGUCUGCUCGUGUACUGGGGCUCCACAGCAGUGUUAUCGAUGGGGCUGUGGUGGUUGGCAAUCAGCUUGUUGUACCACUAAUGUGUCAAUGUAUCCAUUGCCAAUGAGCACUAAAAGGCGUGGUGCAAGGAUAGCUGGACGGAAAAUGAGUCAAGGUGCUUUUAAGAAGGUUUUGGAAAAACUUGCAGCUGAAGGAUAUAAUUUUGCUAAUCCUAUUGAUCUGAGGACUCACUGGGCUAGGCAUGGCACAAACAAGUUUGUCACUAUCAGGUAAAGAGGUGCUGCUUGGACACAUCACACAAGGCAUUUGUUCUGUUUCAGUUGUACAUACACUUGUGUGACCUUUCACACAGAUGUUGAGUACUUCAGUAUCCGUGAAUUUUCUUUUGUCAUCCUUCUACCUUAAAUUUGGACAUGGGUUCUUUUGUUCCUUUCUUCUCUCGGCUUAUGUGAUAAGGGAUGCCAGUGUUGUAUGGCACUGGGAUUUAUGUGGAUGAGUUACUACUAGAUAGACUUUUUUUUUUUUUUUGGGACGAUGCUCAUUCACCCUUUAAUUUAAUUUUGUCAAGAUGUUGCAAUGCAAUGAUCUUUUAUUCAUUUUUGCUUCUAAUGAUAAGCAAUUUUCUUUCCAUCUA